AAAUAGCUCAUCAGAAGAGCAACAACAGAACUCUCAUGAUUUAAUACUGUUGGAGAAUCAACGCUUUCAAAAUUGACUGCAUGCCACAGCCUGAAUUAGCAAACGUUUAUUCAUAACAACGGAGAAAUUUGUUGGUUUUAAAAUAGAGGUAGGGAGAUAAAAACUCAACCCUCUAAAGACAACCCAUAAUAAUUAGAACCAUAAGAAAACAUACCUAAAAUCUAGUGCCAUAAAUAUCCCUUCCAAGAAAAGUAUAAAUGGGAUAGUAACUUUAUUUUUUAGGUGGAAGUAAUAAUUUAAUUGUGUUGUAAGAGAGACAAAACAGCCAAGGCCGUGUCAAAAUAGCCAUGGCAUUGCCUUUGCGAGCUCUCAUAAGUUUCUUGCUUCUUCUUUUUGUUGUUGGAGUGCUGUUGCCUGAUAAUGUCCAUGCAUGGAAAGCUGAUAAACAUCACCAUGCAAGGAGAGGAAGAUUUAGCCCAAAAAAACCAAAGCACCACAGGCCCAAGUUCAAGCCCGGGCCUUGGAUUGAUGCCCAUGCCACUUUCUAUGAGGGUGGUUCUGGAACAUUUGGGGGAGCUUGUGGGUACGACGAUGUGGUGAACAAAGGUUACGGUUUAGAAACAGUAGCUUUGAGUGAAGCUUUGUUCAACAAGGGACAGUCAUGUGGUUCAUGUUACGAACUCAAAUGUGCAAACGACCCCAAAUGGUGCAAGCCUGGCCAGCCAUCUCUUCAUGUCACCGCAACUAACCACUGCCCUCCAAAUUACUAUCAAUCAGCUGACAAUGGAGGAUGGUGCAACCCACCUCGUCACCAUUUUGACAUUGCUAAGCCUGUCUUUACUAAGAUUGCUGAUUACACAGCCGGCAUUGUUCCUGUUCAAUACCGCAGGGUUCCAUGCCAAAAGAAAGGAGGAAUUCGAUUCACCAUAACAGGAAAUCCUUACUACAAUGAAGUGUCAGUAUGGAACGUGGCUGGAGCUGGGGAUAUAGUGAGCUUGCAAGUGAAGGGUAACAAAAAUCUCAAAUGGACUCAAAUGACGCGCGAGUGGGGCCAGAAAUGGGUGACUAGUGCGAAGAUGGUAGGUGAAUCACUCACUUUCAGAGUUAGAGCAAGUGAUGGCAGAUACUCAACAGCUUGGCAUGUUGCCCCAAAGAAUUGGCAGUUUGGCCAGACUUUCGAAGGAAAGAACUUCAAGUAAAAAUAAGUAAUCCUAACCUAUUCAAUUUGUUUAUAUUUUCAACCCUGCUUUGGUUGAGUUUGAUUGCUAUCACUGCUAAUCUAGGCUCUUCAUAAAAAUAAAGUUUGUCUGACUAUACUACGGUGUAAGUACAAGCAAUUCAUUAAAGUAGUUUUUUUUUUUUCACUCUACUUUUUCUACCUUAAUUUCAAUGUAACCCAACAAUAGCAGAAGUAAUUGUCCUAGAAUGAAUUACUCUGUAGGUUAAGGUGUAUCAUAAACCUUAAGAAAUCAGAGUUCCAUGCAAUGUGUAAUAAAUAAAUAUAUUGGGUAUUAUGUAAAGGGGUAAUAUGCUUUUCUGGUGAAAGAAUCAACUUCU